ACACUCAAGACCGUACACAGUGCGCCCAAAGUGAUUUUUGUUCAAAGUUCGAGUUCGAGUUUCGAGAUCAAGUGCAAACUGGCGGGGGCUGAAGUGGCCCCCGACAAUGGUGGCAGUGGCGGAGGCGGCGGGGGGGACAAGAGUUGCCUCACGACGUACAUCUUCAACCCGGUGGAGACGUGCACCGGUUCGCCCAGUCCGGAAAAGUUUCCGGUGAAGACUUCGCCAGGUAGUUUGAAACUGUCCCCUCGCAAUCAACACGAUGAAGUCACCAGGGUGUCCCCGUCGUCCCCUCUCGACGCCCACAUGCACCCCAACUUCCUCUACGGAAAGGUGCUGCCGGACGGCAGGCCCAACUUCCUCACCGACUACGAGUUUAACUUCCAGAAUUACGGGCCUCUGAACAGGACGGGACACGGCAAGUGUUGCGUAGGCGGCCCGUUCGUUAACGAUCUCAAUUUUGGCCAUUUGUACACGAUAAGCAAGGCUGAAAAGGAAGAACGGACCUACGAUGAGCCCUACACGGGGGAUUUACACAGGAGGUCCUGGUUUUGUUGUCCCGGGUCACAAGCGCAUGUCGAAUGUGACCAGCCACCGCUUUUGGAGGAAAUCAAGACACCCAGUACCCCUUCGGAAGCGAUUACCAAACCACCUGGACAUGUUUUAUGUAGUGGGACAUGUGAAAGACUGCAACAUCAGUUAGAUGAACAGGCUCAGAGAUAUGAGGAACAGCUUACUGAGCUUCAUUCUGUGAUAGCUGAAUUAACUAGAAAACUUCAUCAGCAAAGAACCAUGGCCAUAGCAGAAGAGGAUGAAGUUUCGGAAUCAUGUACGAGUGCACAUGAAGAAUCAGUCACAUGUCCAUUAGAAGUAAGUGAACUAGAACCACUAGAAAACCUGUCCGAUUUGGAUAACAAAAUUCCACUAUCAGAGAGUCCUUUGGAACUACCAGAACCGAAACUCGUAUCGUCCAAUCACGACAACGCAGAUCUUCUACCCUACACCGAAAUCGUAGAACCUCUAAAACAAGAAAUAAUUUCUCUAAAACAACAACUGCACGAUGCCCAUACCAGACUAGCGCAAAUUACUCUGAGUCGCAUCGAAGAAGCGGAAGAUGAAGACACUGUCACCGAUUCCAAAGAUAAUUUCGAAAAUUUAAAAAACCUGGAACAUUCAGGCGAGAAUGUGCUGGCAUUGGCUUAUUGUAAAAUGAACCUAAGCGAAUGUAAAAUCUUGGAAUCGCCCGAAAGUCAUAUAGAAGCCGACUGCGAGCCUAAAUCCUGCCAGGAAGAUAAGCAGGAUAUUAAAUAUAGUAAUAUAGUACCCAUUCAUAAGACUAAUAUGAGAUGCACUAACUUUAAUAUGCCAAUCAUGAAAGUAGCGGAAAGGAUAAAACUGAAAAGAGCGACGGACAAGGAUAUCUACCCCCAUGAUUUGUUAAAUACGGGCCUGUCCACCGCAGUAGCGGAACACAUCGUCGGCGAUAUUUUACGGCAAUGUGAUGCUCAAACAGAGAAACAGUCACUUGAUUUCGAAAUGAAGAAGCUAAACGCAAAACUGGAACAUGCCAGGUCACAGAAUACCGUUCUGGCUUUGACGCUGAGCGAAACUAAGGCCCAUUGUGAUAGGUUAGCGUUAUUGUGCGGCAAGUAUGAAUCCAACGCAAUAGCUUUGAGGCUGGCUUUGGGCAUCACGGACCGAACAAUAGAGGCUUAUGACGUCCUACUUGCGCUUUUGGAAACGGAACUUUCUCUCAUCGAAGAAAAUCCUGAUACUGUCCAAAACAGAACGGCAGCCGAAACGGUAGCCAGACAGCUUUUGAGCCAUUUAGACACGCAUCAAAGCAGCGACGUGUUGCUCUCGCCUUGGCAGAACCAUGUAUAUAGUACACCGCUAGAAAUAAAUGAACCUUGGACGAGCGAGCAUGAACUGAGAUUAAGAGAGCACGUCUCGAGACUGAAAGCCGACAGGAGCAAUAUUCAAGGCACUUGUGUUGCUUUGGAGUCUACCCAAGUGGAAAAUGCACCAGUUAGGCCAUCCAGUAGUCAGGAAGCUCGAAAAAUGGACCUCGAAAUGGCCGUUUUGAUGCAGGAAUUAAUGGGAUUAAGGGAGGAUAAGGCAGAACUACUUUCCAAACUUUUCCUUAUGGAAAAAGACAAGAAUGCCCUCGAACUUAAAUUAAGGUACGUAGAAACUCAGCAAAAAGCACAGUCGGCUACACUGAAGAAUCUCCAAGGGCAACUCAAGGACACUGAGGGUCUUCUGGCAUUAGCGUCACAGAAUAAGGAGCGGGGUUAUUCUGAUGCUGAGCAUGCCCAAGGUGUCGAACUCGAAUUGAUGCAAGCGUUAGCAAGAGAAGCAAGACUGAAAGUUAGGUUGCAGGAACUCGUGUCUACUUUAGAACAAGUUACUAAAAAUGCUGAGGCGAGGUUACUAGAAGGAAGAGAGAUUGUGCAAGAGCUAAAUCAUACAAACAGUAUUUUAGCGGAUACUGUAGACAGAAAUAACAAGAAAUAUCAAGCCAAAUUUAAGAAGAUGGAACAUCAAAUGUUGACAAUGGUAGAAAAACAUUCUGCACAAGUACAAACUCUGCAAGAGAAGAUAGCAACAUUAGAAACGCCACCUACUAAUAGCUCAGAUAAUUCCUUAAACUCUGUUCCAAUAUAGAAUUAGAAUAUAAUACAUUGUGGAUAUUUAUAAAGAAUUGUACUGUUAAACCAAAUGUAUUUUAUAGUAAAUUUGAUCACAAUCUAUACAUUUGAACGAUGAAUACCUAUCCGAUGGUAUCCAAGAAUUAUUUUCAUUAAUAUGAUUUAGAAAGUUUUUAUAUCAUUAUUAAAGAAUGAGAUACUGGCUUAGUCAUUCUAAAUCGGUGGUCUAUAGUUUAAUACCGUGUGCUGCAUUGCCGAACUGGACA